CAAACCAGGUUGUUUACAUCGUAGGUGCGUGCCAAAUGGUCACUUGUUCCGACGCGUGUAGGGCUAUUAGUCUCAGGGUAUUAUCCACUGUCUUAACUUACCUAGAUAGCUAAAUCUCAUAUAACAUUAUAAAUCAGUGAUCUUGGCGGAUAUUUUACCCAAUCAAUUGGAUUCAAAAUCAUGCUCCAGUCUUCAACUGCUGUGCGCAUUUGGCUUCUCUGACGAUACUAAUGAUAAAUUAAUUACAUCCAUUUCGAAUUGACUUGUGUUCAAUGCUGGAACUGUAAUCUGGACUUUAGGCUUAAACGGGUAAAAUGCUGGACAAAUCCGUGUGCUGAGAGACCGAAGCAAAGGAACCUAAAGACGACAAGGUACCACCAAGGGACGUUAGUCAGAACAACGAAAUGAAAAGUAGAAAAUUCGUUUAACGAAGAUCUAAGGUAAACAAAAGAAGAAUGACAAUGGAGAUAGAUACGAAAAUACUGGAGGAAGAGGAUUUGUUAGACCCAGAGGAGAGAGAGGAGGAACAAAAAUGGGCAGAAGAGUUCCGGAAACGCCAGGAAGAAAUGACUCGACAACGGCGGAAGUAUGAGGAGAGGAGGAAAAUUGCCGAAAAGAAGAUUAACGAGCUCAGCUACCGUUGGAAAAGUUUGGAGCAACGACGAGGAAAACGAGUCCACCAAUACUUAGAACGAAUGGCAACAAUGGUAGCUGAAAGUAGAACUCCGAGGGGUAUGGAAAGGCGAGAACAUACUGUCACGUGAUACUGUUUAACUGUCAUUAGUACUACAAAGCCAAGCAGUGUGAUGUAAACGGACGACAAAUGGACGGUGUUAUUUUAUAUUUAUGACAUCUUGGUGCAAUACUGAUAUUUUCCUACCUAUCCUAUUAUGUAUAAAUGCUGAGGACUACCUCUGUAAAACUAAAGAUCAAAGGUGACAUUUGAAGGCCAAUGAUGACAUCUGAACGUCAAAGGUGACAUUUGAAAGCCGCCAAUGAUGACAUUUGAAGGUUGUAUAAAACAUGAAUGAUAUGGAUGUCCUUUGGCAAGUCAAUACUUGGAUAUACAUAAGUUAUAUCGAUAGCGACGCAGCGAGUGUUUGUAGUGUAGCUUCAUUGAAUGAAUACUCUGUGCUUCCAAGGAAUGAUGGCAAGGAUCAAUUGGUCUACCAUUCAAAUGUGCUGGCCAUCUAUGAGUGACUCCCAAAGGGACCAAUAAGUCUUCCAUAGCUGUUAUUCAGCUGAUGAUUAUAUACAUGCCUAACAUGAAAACCACUGACUGACGACAAUGUGUCAUUACAAUUAACGGAUGAUAACGUUCUUUCCAAACAAAUGGAACAAAAGUACUUGAUAAUUGAUAUCAAUAAUAAAUCAUUUAUCGACAAGUGGCGAUGACUUGA